AUGAGUAUUGACGACAAGAACGAGGUUUUGAUAAGUUCUUGCAUAAUGGCUGGCUCCAUACAAGAAGAGUCAGAUCGUGAUGGUGCAUGCGACAAAGGCUUACUAGCCCAUUUGGACAACAUGCAGAUUCAAGUUUACAUUACCGCAACAUUAGGAAUUACUUGCGCUAUUGCGCUUCACAAUGCAAUGCCAUCAACUAUUCCUACAACGGCCUUGAAGAAUCGGGAUUCGAUGCCAAUAAAAUCUCGACCAAUAUCUACAAGUAUUCCACAGCAUCCGAUAUCCAUCAAAAAAUUACGCACACUUGUCAACAUUCAAACAGUGUUGACCGUCUUGAUUCAAUCAGGAAUUCACCACUACAUUUUUACUCCAUUUACAUUUAAUCCCCAUGAUAUGUUGUUCAGUUCUACGAGUACCGAUACGCUGAUGUCUGUUCCAGAAAAUGAAUUAAAAGAUGCACAUCGUGUAUCGGUGCCUUCAUCGCAGUUUUUGAAACAUGCGUGGAAUCAUAUGGCACUCAUGCAACGAUCAUGUCGAAAAGGAUCAACUAUCGAACCCUGUUUGCCUUAUCGAAGCAUCAAAGUAGAUCAACCCAAUUUUAAAUCCAUUGUAGUCGAGCCAAAAUCGCCAAUGAAUGUUCCAACAGAACCUCAGUAUCGUACAGUUGAAACCCAUGGCCAUUCGAGUACGUCUUGUGAUGAUUCUAAUCAACACAACGCUACACGGGUAAGAUCAAUGAAUAACCCUCUUCAAAGCAAUUCAGCAAGUAUGAUCUUGAAUGAUCUUACCAAUACCAUUGCAAUUACAAGUAUCCGAUUAGGAAUGGUUGUAGUGACUGCUUUUUUCAUAUUGUAA